ACUAUGUAGUGUUGGUUAGGGCCCUUAGGGGGGGAGUUGUGGCGUGUGAAGUGGAGAUCAAUCGGGAUGCUACUUUUUUAAGUAGUCGAGAUGAUAACCACAUUGAUUAAACCUCGGAUUUGUUCAAGGUUGUUCUUGUUUGUAAGAAGAUUCAUAAGAUUCAUACUUCCUUCUUGCGACUUUUAAGAGUUACCAUGAAGUUGAAGAUCAAUUGAUUGUAUACAUUCUUAUCAAUUACGUAUUACUUCCUUUUUAGCAAUGACAUGACGAUGGAUUCAAAUCCACCCAUAGACGAAACCUCACAACCAGCCCUCGAAUCUGAAAUCGCAGACCUAGAACUCCGCCUCCAGCAAGCCAAAGAACGACUCGCAAAAUCCUCAAAUCAUCCCAAAGCAAACCAUCAUGCCUCCUCUUCCAUCCCCCCAUCCCCCCCACCCUCACCCUUCUUCGCCUCCUCCACACAAUCCGCCCACCACUACCUCCUCCUCCUCUCCGACUCAGCACUACCCCUCGGCUCUUUCGCCUGCAGCUCGGGGCUGGAGUCGUAUCUAGCGCACACAUCCCCUUCCUCCUCCUCCUCAAGAAGGCACCCAAGCAACAACAACCCCUUCUCCUCCUUCCUCCCCCUCUCCAUCUCCUCCUACGCCGGCACCAACCUGCCCCACGCCCUCGCCGCGCACCGCGACCCCUCCCCAUCCUCCAUCGCCCGUAUCGACGACGCCCUCGACGCCGCGACCAUCUGCACCGUCGGGCGCCGCGCCUCCGUGGCCCAGGGCCGCGCGCUGCUGGCCAUCUGGGAGAAGAGCCUCGGCGGCCCUUCCUCGCGGGCGCUCGCGCCGUUUGCCGAGGCGCUGCGCCGCGCGGGAACAGCUGAAGCAGGGGACCUCCUCCUCCCGCCCCCCGCGUCCGCCCACCUCGCCCCCCUCUUCGGCGCCGUCGCCGCCCUCUGCGGCCUCACGCUGCGCCAGGCCGCCUACGUCUUCAUGCUGUCCCACGUCAAGGCGCUGGUCUCCGCCGCCGUGCGCGCCGGCUUGUUCGGCCCGUACCAUGCGCAGCGGGUUCUGGCGGGGGAGCUGGUGCAGGCGUUGCUGGUGGAUGCGGUGGAGAGGGAGUGGGAGACGGGGGUUGAGGAGGCGGGGCAGAGGGUCCCGAGUGUGGAUUUGUGGGUGGGCAGGCAUGAGGUGCUGUAUUCGAGGAUUUUUAAUAGUUAGGGGGAUGAGAG